UGCGGAAUCGUUUUUUUCUUGCUCGUUGCCGUCUGUGGGUGUUCUGGGCGGAUGCGUGUUCUGCUUGCGGCCCUUCAUAUUGUUCUUUUCUGGGAAUUUGAGUGACGCUCCGUCGCAAUCUGGUCGCGGAAGUGAAGCGCUUUCGUUCGUUACCUGCCCAUCGGCAGGUGGCUUUUAGAUUUGUGGGACUACCAAUCGUCCGGGUCAACGUUACCAGAUAGCGGACGCCGGACAGGAACCACCCGGCCGUUAUCGGGAGCAGGUGCUUCUCCCUGGCUUGAAGUCAGGUAUCCGUGUAGUGACAACACUGGUGAAGGGUAUUGUCACAAAUGGGGCUAUGGUCCAGCAAGGAUGAGAGCUCCGGCCUCCAGUCACAACCAACUGACCAGAGUGAUCCAGCUCUAGGGUCCAGCAUUGAUGAGAGCUCUGACCGCCAGUCACAACCAGCUGACCAGAGUGAUCCAGCUCUAGGGUCCAGCAUUGAUGAGAGCUCCGACCGCCAGUCACAACCAGCUGAUCAGAGAGAUCCAGCUCUCUCUGAUGGUGCUGCAAUGGAAGCAGCGUCUGAAGAGGAGAGUAAGGACAAGUAUCAACCACCAAAUCAGGCUGAGUGCAGUGAUCACUACUACUCAACCAAUGCACCUCACCCACACCUGGUGAGAGCAUGUGAAGAUGACGAUGUGGAACAAGUCCGACACACCGUGAAUAUCGGCACUCCAACUGAACCUGUGACAAGACCGGAUCUCUCGGAACAAGUGCCGAAGUCAUACUUUCACAAUCCGUUAAGUGAGAGAAUUCCCAUGACAAUCAUGGCUCUUCUGAUGCUGGCAGCAUGCUACUAUGGCAGCAUUCAUUGUGUCCAGUUUUUACUGUGGUGUGAUCCGUCGCUCUUGCACAGCAAAGUAAUGUUGGAUGUCAAUAAUAGGCCACGACAGGUGAGUACUGGCCAAAGUGCUCGGCGUGAAACUGUUUGUUCUGAUCACUGGUUUAUUUAUUCUGAUAAACUGAGCACGUGCUCAUCCAGCGUCACUUCGCUGUCAAAGAUGUUCCUAGAAAAUUGAAUGU